AUGACAGAUAUCGUUGAUAGAGAGAGAGACAAGAGCUCAAUGUUGACCGCAUUUUUUGAGAGGAAUAAAACAGAUAUGAGUGCGAGACAAUAUUUAUACAAAGAUUUUCCGAAACAUUACACAUGGAAUGCCAGUUCACGUAAAUGGAAUCCUCGAAAACAAGGAUCAAUGAGAGGACGACUGGUUCAUGCUAAUCCUGCCGAAGGGGAACGAUAUUAUCUACGACUACUUCUGUCUCAUAUUAGUGGGCCCACGUGCUUUGAAGAUCUUUACACGGUYAAUGGCAUUAUACAUCCAACAUUUCGCAAAGCAGCACUUGAGAGAGGUUUAAUAGAGACCGACGAUAAUUUAUCGCAUUGUCUUGCCGAUGCCUCCUUAUUUCAGUUUCCCAAUGCUCUUAGACGAUUAUUCGCGACGAUCUUGAUUUAUUGUGAGCCGGGAGAUGUUCGCRAGUUAUGGGAUGAACAUUAUGAUUCACUCUCUGAAGAUUAUAGACGAGACUACGAAAAUGUUGAGGGGGUCCGAAAUAUGGUUCUUACAGACAUCGCCGUCUUUUUACAAUCUAUGGGUAAGAACCUCGAUGAUUUUGAUCUUCCAAGUUUAAAUGCAGCUGUCAAUUUAGAAUCACGAGGAUUUCGUGAGGUACAAGAGGAGUACUCCAUAAUUGUGGAAGACGAAGACUUAAAUGCUCGAAACUCUCUAAAUUCCGACCAGAAACAUGCAUUUGAUGAGAUCAUGAUGCAUGUAGAUAAUGAUUGUCCAGCUGUGUUUUUUGUAGAUGGACCGGGUGGAACUGGGAAAACAUUUUUGUAUAGAGCUUUGCUAGCUAAUGUUCGUUCCCGUGGACUUAUUGCUCUUGCAACCGCUUCAUCCGGUGCUGCCGCUAAUAACAUGCCAGGGGGGAGAACAGCUCACUCUCGAUUCAAGAUUCCCCUUACUCUUAGUAAUAAUUCGGUGUGCAAUAUAAAAAAACAAAGCGGAACUGCUCAACUGCUUCGAGUCGCAAAAAUAAUCAUCUGGGAUGAAGCAUCAAUGGCAAAGAGGCAGGCAGUAGAGGCACUCGAUAGAACAAUGCAAGACAUCACUGGGGUGAGACUUCCAUUUGGUGGGAAAAUAAUGAUUAUGGGAGGUGAUUUUAGACAGGUAUUGCCAGUAAUGAGACAUGGCACUCGAGCACAGAUCGUAGACUCAAGCUUACGGAUGUCACCUAUUUGGUCUUCGAUUAAAAAGUUGCGGUUAACGAUCAAUAUGAGAGCACUUACUGAUCCAUGGUUUUCGGAUUUUCUGUUACGUGUCGGUGAUGGAGAUGAAGAAUCAGUAGACGGAAACUUUAUUCGCAUACCUGAUGACAUGGCCAUUCCUUACACAAAUAAAAAUGAAUCGAAGGAUGCUUUGAUUGAUGCAAUCUUUCCUUCUCUUCAAACCUGCGAGACUGCUUCAAAUUAUAUCAUUUCGAGGGCGAUACUAACAACAAAAAAUGAGCAUGUCGACGAGAUUAAUGAUCAGUUGAUUGAAAGAUUUUGUGGAGAGGAAAAAAUUUACUACAGUUUUGAUGAAGCAGAAGAUGACAAGAAUAACUUAUAUCCGAUGGAGUUCUUAAACUCWUUGACUGUUAGCGGUUUGCCCCCUCAUUACCUCCGGCUUAAAAUUGGAUGUCCGAUAAUACUAUUGCGGAAUAUCGACCCCUCAAAUGGAUUGUGUAACGGCACGAGGUUGAUAUGUAGAGGUUUUCAGCAGAAUGCUAUCGAUGCAGAAAUAGCUGUUGGUCAACAUGCUGGUAAGAGAGUAUUUUUACCAAGAAUUCCUCUAUGUCCGUCUGAAGAUGAUAUGUUUCCCUUUAAAUUAAAGAGAAAACAAUUUCCUGUUCGACUUUGUUUUGCCAUGACAAUCAAUAAAGCUCAAGGACAGACAAUUCCGGUGGUAGGUGUUUAUCUACCGGAAUCGGUAUUCUCGCACGGCCAACUUUACGUGGCAUUGUCAAGAGGGAUAUCACGUGGUAAUACGAAGGUAUUAGUGAAACCUGCCAAAAAGUUCAACCAGGAAGGAGUCUACACAUCAAAUGUGGUGUAUCAAGAAGUUUUGAAUGAUGAUUGUGUAUGA